AUGUCUACAACAGUUACCAUCUCCGGCAAUACAUCUGAAUUGAUUUCGUACUUUCAACCACCUCUGCAUUUAUCUGAUCAAUACGAGUGCGGAUUGCUCUACUUUUCAGUAAUAAAUUCAACAUCAAAUGUGAUUAGCAACCGCAAUCUAUCUAUUAUCAGAAUCGAAUGUGAUCUUGUAAAUGGUUCAUACUGCAAUGGUUUACAAACUCAUUUUAUUCAUGAAUUUGUGUCUGAUACUGCUCCAGAUCACUCUUAUGUAGAAAUACCACGAAGUAUUAUUUACUUUCCAAUUAACAAAAAUAUAAUACCCUGUAUAUCUGUUAGGAUUAUCGAUCAGCUUGGUCAUUGUAUUAGCUUUGGAGAAAAACAAAAUAUUGAGUUACGUCUUCAUUUAAGAAAAACAAAAUGA